CAGUCACCUGCACUGUUAUUACAGCAAUAUGCCCCCAUCACCACACCACAUCAAUUUACAGAACUAAAUCCAGUGAUAAGACAGAAGACCACAACUCACAUUUACAGUCAUUUAAAAACAUGUAGCAAGCAGCCAUGGCAGAAUCCAGAGACUACGUUGGAGAUUUCCUGACAGAAUUCAAGGAGCAGAUUAUUGCAAGAGCAACUCGAGUCAGUGACAUUACUGAGGCUGUAAUCUCCCAAAGUCUGAUCCAUGAAGCGGCGGCGCAAAAAGUGCAGGCUGCUGCAACUCAGCAGGAGGCAAUGCGGCUCCUGUUUGAGGCUUUGGAAAGAGAGCCAGCCAUAAACAGUGUGUCCUUCCAUCUCAUCCUGAGAAUGACAGAACCUGAACUCAUACAAGAACUAGAGUGGAGACAACGCAAUACUAAACACACACAAACAGAGACAGGAAGUCCACCCAGUUCUCCCAGAGAAAAAAGAAGACUAGAUGACAAGAGUGGGCUUUCAAGUGACAUCCAGAAGAGAAAAGACUCGCUAAAAAGGCGUAGAUUUGAGACGAUGCGUGCUAUUGAGCAGAUUGAGAAACUAUGGGAAGGAACCAAACAAGAAAGGACUGAAAUAGACAACAUGAGGCAGAGGAUUCAGAGACAGCAAGAUGAAAUAACCAGAAUGACCACAGAGAAAGGGCAACUAGAGAGAACCAUCACUCACAUGAAAGCCGAGAUAGAUCACAUACGUGAAAGAAUGGAUCGAAAUAAAGAAGAGGUAAACAGAGAGAGGGAGAGGGUUGAGCAAAUGAGGUCUGAUCUCCAAACAGAGCAAAGCAGCCUAGAUCAAAAGCGAGAUGAAAUAAUGAUGGAGCGACAAAACUUGGAGAUAAUCAGAUAUGAAACUUUGAGACAGAAGGAGGAGCUGGAGAGCAACCGCGAAAGCACCAAGCAUGAGAUGGAACGAAUGGAACAAAUGAAAAGCACUAUACAAGUUCAGAUUAAUGAGAUUGAGAUGAAGAUUGGAGAAACACAGAAAGCAAAGGAUCUGAUGGAACAGAUGAAAGCUGAAAUAGAGGAUGAGAAAAAUGAGUUGGAGAAGAAGAAGGAUGACAUCAAGAGGCAAAAAGAUCAAUUUGAGCAGAUUAAACUUGACCUCCAGCAGGUGAAAAUGGAAAUGGAGCAAAGGUGGCAUGAAACAGAGAAGGAAGGACUGGAACAGAGAGCAGUAAUCCAAAGGGAGAAAGAGCAGCUGAAAUACCUUCAAGAUGAGAUCCAAAGAGUGAGAGAAGAGGUUGAAAGAAACAGAGAGUUUUCAAAACAAGAGCAUGCAAGAAUAAGCCACCUGAGAGCUCAGGCACUUGAAGAAAACAACCUCAUUGAAAAUAAAUGGCAUGACGUUUUAAAAAAAGAAAAGGAUCUGGAGGAGAUGAAACAUGAAAUUGAGAGAGGUCGAGAGGAGCUGGUGAUGAAUGGAGAGCUGGUCAAGAAGGAAUGGGAAAAGAUUGAACAGGCCAAAGUGGACAUUCAAAGCCACAUGAUUUCUAUGGAGGGCAGAGUUGAUGAAAUAAAAAGAGAAACCGAGAGGCUCAAACAUAUAAAGACAGAUAUGCAGAGAGACAAGGAUGCCUUAGAAAAACAAAAGGACAAUACACGGAAAGCUAAAGAAGAAGCAGAGAGGAAGAGGUAUGAGAUUGUAACAGAGGAGCUGGAACACAGAGCUCGAAUGCAGAGAGAGAGAGAUGAGUUGGAGAGUAUAAGAGCAGAGAUGCAAAGAGUUAAUGAUAUGGAGAAAGCUAAAAUACUGAAAGAGAAAGAAGAAAGCGUUAGGAUAAGAGAAGAAGCCAGACAAGAAAGAGAAACAACAGAACUAGUCAAUGCAGAGAUCAAGGCUGAAAAAGAACACUUGAAUCGAAGACAGGAAGAAAUGCUGAGGGAGAGACAGGAGAUAGAGAGAAUUAAACAUGAAACAUUAAGAGCCAAGGAGGAGAUUGAGAACAGUCAGGAUGUCACAAUAAGGGAAUAUGAGAAAAUGGAAAAAAUGAAAGCUGAGAUUCAAGGGCAAAUCGAGGAUAUUGAGAAGAAGGUUGAGGAGAUCCACAAAACCAAAGAACAAAUGGAAGAGACAAAGGUUGAGUUGGAGGAAGAGCGAGAGGAUCUGGAAAGAAAGAGAGAUUUGGUGAGCAGAGAAAUUGAACAGGCUGAGUUCCUUAGAAAUGAGAUCCUCAGGGUCAAGGAAGAAAUGGAGAGCAGGUGGCGUGAAACGGAGACAGAGGAAGUCGAACUCAGGGCGAAAACACAGCAUGAGCUGGAACGACUGGAAAAACUAAGAGAGGAGACGGAGAGAUCGCAGAAAAACAUUGAGGAGAGCAAGAUGGAGCUUAUGCGGUGGAAGGAAAGCCUUGACAAACUGAAGGGUGAGACGGAGGAAGACAAACAUGUCGUUAUCAUGCAGAUGAAUGAAGCUAAAGCAAGGGAAGAACAGCUGACAAUGGUGAUUGAACAGUUGGAGAUUGAGCGAGGGGAAAUUAUCAUCAGCAGAGAAAAGGUUAAAGAAGAAGCAGAAGAAAUAAACAGAAUGAGGAAUGAGCUACAAAGACACCAUGCAGAAAUGGAGGACUGGUUUAGAGUGGCGAAUAAAGAAAAAGAGGAGGCAAACCUUGCCAAACUAGCCGUCCAUGAGGCUGAAAUGUUCUUAAAAAAGCAAUUGGAAGAGUCAGAAAAGAGAAGGUAUGAAACAAUAACAGAGGCUCUGGAGCAAAGAGAUGAAAUACAGAAGAAAGCAGAAGAACUAGAACAAAUAAACAAAGAGAUACAAAGAGCAAGACAGGAGCUAGAAAACAUGAGGUAUUUUGAAAAGGAAAGUCUGCAGAAAAUGUUGGAGGAUACACAGCAAGAGAGAGUGUUUGUUGAGCAAAUCAAAACAGAUUUGCUGAAGAACAAAGAAGAUCAAGACAAAUGUUUAUCUGAGAUGGACAAUGAGAGAAAGGAGUUAGAACAGAUGAGAUUUCAGAUUGAGAAUGAGAAGAAGGACCUAGAACAACGGAGGUAUGAUAUGAUGAGAUAUGAUGUAGAACAGAGUGCUCAGAUGCAGAGACAGAAAGAAGAACUCGAGAAGAUCAAAUCUCAGGUAGUUAUUGACACAGAAACUAUGAACAGAAGCAGAGAGUUAGCAAGGCAAGAUAGAGAGAAAGCAGAACUUCUUAUCAUUGAGCUUCAGGAACAAAGAGAGGAUGUAAAUAAAAGGUUAGAGGAUACAAAACAACAAGAGGAAGCUUUAAGGCUCAUGAGAAAGCACAUGGAGAAUGAGAGAGAAGAUCUGGAGAAGAUACGUGUAGAAACCCUAAGAGGUAAGGACACUUACGGAGAGGUCAAGGAGGAGAUUAACCGUGUGCGAGCAGAAAUAGAAAGGUUGUGGGAUGAGGCUGAAAAGGGUGAUCAGGAGGAACGGGAGAAGAUAAACCAGGAAAAAGAGGAGAUGAUAAGGAAGAUGGAAGCUAUGAAGAUAGAAAUGGGUGAGAUCGAAGACAUGAAGGUGGAGUUAACAAAGCAGAAGGAGAACAUUGACAUGAAGAUGGAACAUGCAAGGUUGGAAAUGACUAAACUUGAAAUGAUGAAAGCAGACCUCCAGAAACAAAAAGAAGAUAUUGAGAACCAAAUGAUGGCAGCAGAGAGUGAGAGACACCAGAUGGAACUGAUGAGGACUGAAAUCUUAAAACAAAAGGAGGAUGUGGAAAGGAAAAUGGAGCUAGCAAAAGCAGAGAUGGAGAAAAUGCAACAUGUCAAAGACGAAAUACAAAAACAAAGAGAAGAGCUGGAGGAGAGGAUGCAGAAAACCAAACGAGAGAUUGGAGAAAUGGAGCUGAUGAAGAGAGAAAUGGAAGGGAAGAAGAAAGAACUUGACCAAAGGAUGAAAUUGACCAUGAGGAAGAAGGAAGAAAUGGAGCGACUGAAGAUGGAGAUACAAAGGGCAAAGGAUGAUAUGGAAUUUAAAAGAGUAGAGACGGAGAGGCAGAAAUAUGAAAUGGAGCAAGUUAAAGCUGAAAUCCAAAGAGCGAGGGAAGAAUUUGAACUUAGGGUGGAGGAGAGAGAUUUGGAAGAGGAGAAAGAGCAGAUGAAUCUCACAAUCAUCAACCUCAUUAAGCAGAUCGAGGCGACGAGAGAAAUGGUGCACAAAACAAAAUUCCAGUUUGAAAAUCGAAUGGCAGGAAGUCAAAUGGGGACAGCAGACCAAGAGGAGAUGAACGCUGAGAUGCAGAGGCUCAUCCUGGAGAUUGAACAUAUCCGAGAAAUGCUGCGAGGUCUUAAGGCUGAGGUGGAACAGAACAAGGAAAUGAUGAAGAGAGACAGGGAUGAGAUUAGGCUGUUGAAGAUCGAAGUUCAACGAAGGAGAAGAGAGAUUGAAUACAGAGAAGAAAAGAUCAUGAGAGAACAAGAUGAACUAGAACUCAUGAGGAAAAUGGUGCAGCGCCAAAGAGAAGAGCUGGAGGAGAGACUGGAGGAGGUGAUUAAAGAGAACGAUAGGGUCGAGCAGAUGAGAGAAGAUGUGGAAAAUGCCUUGAAGGACAUAGAACAGGCAAAAGAAGACAUAAAAAGACAGAAAGAAGUCAUCGCUCAAGAAAAGGUCCAACCAGCCAUCGUUGCCACCAAAAGCUCAGAGUAUGCCAAAAUAGAAGAACCAGGAGCCAUUAAAAGUUAUAUAGCAAGUGACCUUGAACUCAGUGCAAGUGUACAGAAAGAAAGACAAGAACUGGAACAAUAUAAAGAAACCAUUUUAAAAGAGAAACAAGAACUAAAGAAGAUAAAUGAAGAUGUAAAAGCAGUAAAGAAUGAAGCUGAAGAGAGAAUGACCAAACUGCAAGAGGAGGAGAACGAGAUGGAAAUGAAACGAGUGAGACUACAAAACUGGGAAAGACUGCUGCAGACUGAGAAAGAAGAGAACCAAAGAGGCUUAGAUGCAAUAUGGAGUGAGAACCAGCAAUUGAAUCAAAGAAAACAACAACUGGACAUCAUGGAACUAAGUCUACAAAGUGAGAAAAGCAAACUGGAAUCCAUAAAAUUGUUGGAGAUUAAACAAGCUGAUGCUCAAGUCCAAACUGAUUUGACGGAAGAUGCUGGUGAAUAUGAUAUGGCACUGUCCAUAGAGGAGCUUGACAAGGAAAGACGAUUUCUAGAGUAUUUCAAAAAAGAACUGCUUGCUCAAAAAUGUACAAUGGAGAGACAGAUGGCAGAAAUAGAACUGAGCAGGGAUGAACUUUCUCUCAGAGAAGCUACACUACAAACAGCAGCGCAAACCACAGCAGAUAUGGAGUUACAAUUGGAGCUGCAAAAGCAAGAGCUGGAACAAACCAAAGAUGAGAUGGAAAGGACGAAGUUAGACGUACAGAAAGGAUGGGUUGACCUGCAGACUGAAAUUGCAGAAAGCAGACAGAAAGAAGAGAUGGUAAGAAUAGAAUUAGAAAAAGCAAGAGAUGUCCUGAAUCGCAUUCGACAGGAUGUAGAAAAAGAAAAGCAAACCAUGGAGGCUGAUCUGAAAUUCACUUUAGCUAAAGAACUUGAGAACAUGGAAGCUCAGCGGAAAAUGAUGGAGGAUGAAAAGAGAGCAUUAGAGAACAUGAAAUAUGAGCUGCAGAGAAAAUCAGCCUAUACUGAGAGAUCCAAACAUAGCAUGCAUGAAGAAAGACAGAAUAUGGAAAAAUUGGCAGAGAAGCUUAAACAAGAAUGGGAAGAACUUGAAAAGAAAAAACAUGACAUGAAACAAAUACAAACAGAGCUAUCAAGAGAAAAGAAAGAUCUAGAAAACAUGAGAGAAUUGAAUGAGCUUACACUGAACGAGAUCAAAACAAAGAGUGACGCUCUUGAAAAGAUAAUUGUACUCAAUUCACAACAGAAAGAUGACAUUGAGAACGAGAAGGGUAAGAUGAAUAUAAGAGAAUAUGACCUGCAGCAAAUGCAGACUGAUCUUAACAGACAGCAAAGAGAAAUGCAGGAUAUCCAGAAUGCAGUUUUCAUGGAAAAAGGUGAACUUAAGAAGAGCCAAGAUGAAAUUGAAGAACAGCUAAAACAUGUUGGUGACAUGAUGCAGUUUACGCAAAAUGAAAAAGACAAUCUUGACAGAGAAAGGGCAGCUAUAAUUGAUCAGAAGCAGCAGAUGGAGAGCGACAUGACACAUCUAUUAAACAGAGAGCUAGAAUCUGUGGAGCUUGUGAAAAAAGAAGUACUAAAUGAGAAGCGACUUCUUGAAGACUGCAGAAUAAAUUUAAUGAGAGAUAUACAAGAUCUGGAGCAAACGAAAAUCAAAUUGAAAAGAGAGAAAGACGAGAUAAAACUGCAAAGACAAAGUAUUGCAGAGGAGAAAGACAAGCUGGAAUCCGUGCUACAAACAGUAGCUGAAGAUACUGAGAAGCUAAGAGCAGAUACUCUAGCUGAAAGAAAGAAACUAAAAGAUGCCGCGGUUGAACUUCAGAAAGAGAGAGAUGAGAUUAUGAAUAUUGCGGAAGAGACAAAAAGGAAAAGGGAGGACAUGGACAAAAUUGGAGUUGAUAUAGAGAAGCAGGAAAAAACAUUUGAGGUACUCAAGGCUGAACUGCAAAAAGAAGCAGCUGUCAUUGAAAAUCAAAGGCAGGCUGUUCAAAAUGACAUACAAAAUGUAAAAGACAUGGAAGUUCAAAUUCAAAAAGAGAAACAAUACAUGGAUAGACUAGUUGAAGAGACUGAAAAGAGGUCAAAAGCUCUUGAUGAGAUGCAAAUGGAGGUUGACAAACAGAGGCGGGAGGUUGAGUCUGAAAGAGCUGAGCUAGAACAGGAAAAAUCAAAGCUUGGAGAUGUUGAAGAUGAGUUUGCUCGACAAAAAGAUGAAAUUGAUGAGUUGCAGAACAGUUUAAGGAUGGAAAAAAUGCAAGUUGAACAGAUGCAAGCUGAUAAAGAUGUACAAUGGAAGAAAGCAGAAUAUGUAAAGACUGAAACAACAGCUCUGGAGACACAAAGACAAGAAAUAGAAAGUUUGAGAGAAGAAUAUGAAAAUGUGGAGCUACAAAAGAAAUAUGUAAGCGAGCAAAAGGAAUUAUUUGAAAGCCGCAUGAAAUCAUUGGAAAUGGAGAAGGAAGCAAUGAAAAAAUUUAAAGAAAAACUUGAUAAAGAAUAUGAAGACUUGCAGUUCCAGAGGCAAUUGUAUGAGAAAGAGAUACAGCAGAUGAGAACUGAGCUUCAGACAGAAGCGGAAAAUAUUGAGAGAAUAAAGACAGAGCUAGGAAUACAAAAGCCAGUCGUUGACGCUGAAACAUAUAUGUUAGAAAUGCAAAAGCCAGAAGUGGAAAAAAGCAAAACUGAGCUUGAUGAAAUGAGAAAAAAAUUAAAUGCUGAUCUAUCAGAGGUAGAGAAACAGAGAAGUGCUCUUGAGCAAAUGAGACUGAAGAUCUCACAAGAGGAAAUUUAUGUUAAAAAAGAAAAAGACACUUUAAAACUCCAAGAAAAUGAACAGAACAUGCGUAUGUCACAGCUUAAUUCAAAACAGAAUGAACUUGAUGAAAGACAGGCUAAAAUGGAAAAGCAAAAGAGAGAAUUAGAAAAUGUGAUGGACAGACUGGAAAAGGAAAGGGCUGAUAUAACAAAAGAAAAGCAAAGAGUGAAUGAGAUGCAAAACGAAGUGAAGAGGGAAAAUGAAAAUGUUGAUUUGAUAAAACAAGAAGUUCUCAGAGAAAAAUAUCAUAUUGAAAACAGCAGAGAAAUUCUGAACAGAGAUCUAGAGAAUAUUAAAGAAAAGAGAACCACCUUAGCUGAAGAGUUUGAGGCUUUAAACUAUCAGAAAGAAGUGAUUGGUAAAGAAAUGCAGAAAUUGGAUAAAAUGAAAGCUGAGCUCCUAAAAGAAACUGAAAAUACUGAAAAACAGAAAGAUGAGAAAGCAAAUCUAAGAAUACAAAGACAAAGGCUUGAAUCUGAUAGAGACACUCUUGAAAAAGAAAAGGUUGACCUGGGGAAAACUAAGACAGAGAUGGAAGAUUUUGAAAAACAACUUAAAUCUCAGACUAGACAACAUGAAAUGCAACUGGUGGAGAUACAGAAAGAGAGGGAGAUUCUUGAGCAGUUAAAAAUGAACUUAUCAAAACAGAAAGAUGAUCUAGAAAAAGAAAGGGAUCAUAUUGAGAAGGAAAGAGCAGACAUCAGUUUGAGAGAAGAACUGAAAGAGCAGAGUGAAAAGGAAGGAAUUGACCACAGUAGGACAAGAAUAAAGAGAGAAAUGGAUCAACUGGAACAAACAAGACUUGAUGUGACAAAAGAGCUGGAGGACAAUAAACUGCAGAAACAAAUGAUUGAAGAUGAGAGAGAUAAGGUUGAGCAAAUAAAAGCUGAGCUAAAAAAGAAGCUGAAGAUACUGAAAAACAAAGGCGAGAUAUAG